CUUGCAAUUUAGGUUUGUUUGCUUUUUUAAGAAGAAAAAAAAAGUAUCAUGUCUCACAUAGCAGUGGAGAGAAACAGGAGAAGACAAAUGAAUGAAAAUCUCAAGGUUUUGCGUUCCUUAACUCCUUGUUUCUACAUCAAAAGGGGUGAUCAAGCAUCAAUAAUAGCAGGAGUGAUUGAAUUCAUCAAGGAAUUACACCUUGUCCUUCAAUCUCUUGAGGCGAAAAAGCGAAGAAAGAGCCUAAGCCCUAGCCCUGGUCCUAGUACUCCAAGGCCAUUGCAACUAAGUCCUACACCUGAAAGUACUCCAUUUAUUACUCAUAAUAACUUCAAGGAACUUGGAGCAUGUUGUAAUUCUCCAGUGGCUGAUGUUGAAGCAAGAAUAUGUGGAUCAAAUGUUAUGUUGAGAACAAUUUCAAAGAGGAUUCCAGGUCAAAUUGUGAAGAUAAUCAAUGUGUUAGAGAAACUUUCUUUUGAGAUUCUUCAUCUCAACAUCAGUACCAUGCAGGAUACUGUUCUAUACUCCUUUGUCAUCAAGAUAGGUCUGGAGUGCCAACUUAGUGUGGAAGAUCUAGCACUGGAAGUUCAAAAAAGCUUCACCUCAUCUGAUGUUUUAUGUAUCAACGAGAUAUAGAAUCUACAAAAUAAAAUAA